AUGGCUGCACCGACUGAACGAUUCCAUGUGCUGUCACAGCUAGAUCAUUUGCAGUCGAAAUACACUGGAUGUGGUCAUGCGGAUACGUCUCGUUGGGAGUGGAUUGUUAAUCAACAUCGUGAUACGUGUGCUUCUAUUAUUGGACAUCCGGAUCACUUAAGUUUGGUGGCAGUUUGUGAGAACGAAUCUCGUGCUCGAGUCAAAUUCAACCUACUCAACCAAAUGAUCUCGCCGUGCGGACCACCACCAGAAAAAUCACCGCUUGAUGAUUAA